AUGGAACUCCAGGCUUUGGCAGAGAAACAUGGCGGGCUAUCGGCGGCGGUUGUCGGGAAGGCGAAGGAAUAUCUCCGUUUGCUCGAAUUGAAGCUUCAAGGGGGAGGGCAAUCCAUCCCAAUGCUGGGCCGACCGGCUGCGUGCCUGGAGCUUGCAUGUGAAGUACUUCAGGAACCUGUUGAUAGCCGAAAGCUGUAUUUGCUGUCAGGGGGCACGAGUUUGGGCAAGCACAAACAAUGUGUGCGCAACAUCAGCAGUAUCUUGCGCCUUCAAACCACGGCCACCAUCACAACAUCGUCUUUAUGUGUCAAGUUUGGAUGCCCUGCACUCAAAGACUACGUCGCUUCCGUGCAUGAUGAGUAUAAGCAUCGAAUGAUGGCCAAGUUGACCUCGUCACAGCAGCGUCAUGUCGACGUGACGCGGCCUCUGUUUCCCGCCGCCGUAUUUUAUGCAUGCGCGGUCAAAACCAAUUGCCGGGUGGACAAGAACCAGCUUCUUCAGCUCACCAUGUCCCAGCCCAAAGAGUUUGCGAGUGUGGUGUCGUCCAUCGAGAAAUUGUGUGAGCAUGCGUUGACUACAUACGUUCCUUCCUCGUCCACGGAAAUGAGACGUCACGGUCGAAAGCGAAAGCUCAGGGAGGCCGACGUGUCCGAGUCGACGCCACAGGAAAUGGACAAUGCGGUGAAGGGUUCCAACAUGGCAUCGACGCCGUCCAACACAAGAUCGUUGGAUCACAUCAAACGAUUGAUUCAGCAACACACGAAACUUGCCAUGGCUUCUCCACAGCCGACGACUCCUUCUCCAGAACCAACAUUGCCCGUCCAAGAGGCAAAAGAAGCACCUUGUCCAGCAUCGUACGCCGACUGGAAGCUGAAAAUCCUGGCAGCUCGUUCCAAAGCGCCUGUGGCUCGUUCAUCCUCUGCGGAAUGACCAACAUGUAAGAUGUGGUUGACGAAGCUCCAGGCAAUACAAUAUCCUGUUGG